AUGACGAGACGAGAAGCUGAAGCUUGGUCGGAGAUGGAGGCAGUAGCGAGGAAGAUGGUGGAAGAGGUUGAAACAGAGAGCAGCGGAUCAUCGGAAGCUGAGACUGAGUCUCCGAGAUCUGUCGGACGUUGGGGAGCAGCUCCUACGGUCACGGGAAAGACGGGUAAGGAGCGAGUACACAGCCAGGUUUUGAAGAUCAGAGAGGAAGACCUCUGUGUUCUCGUCGAAGCCAGAGCUGCGAGUCUAGAGAAUAGACGAUACGUUCAUCAUCCACCUCGUCUCGGUCUGUUCCUGAUCUCGAGGCCGAGUCUGCCAUGUUCACCUCUUAGUGGGAAAGUGAGAUCCGUUAACGCUGUCCAGUGAUGAUUCUCAUCGAUCAAAGGUUUAUCUCUCUGUUUCUCGAUCGAUCAAUCAAACUGUGUGCAUCUGAUGAUGAUAUUAACUUUGGUUGAUCGUUUUUGUAUUGUGCAGGUGAUUUGGUCCUCUGCGUUUUCUCUUCUAAUGUUUCUGUUUUUCUUGUUGGUUUUAUUUCUGGAAGAACUCUUUAGAGAGUCUUUUUUCUUGUCAUAAUGUCAUGUGUAUAUAAACCGUCAAUGUAUAUAUACAUGAGCUCAUGAAAUUUUAUGCUCGACUUUUUCUUACAUAUAUAAUCUCUGUUUCUCUAUA